CUAUAGACGCUGCGGCUAGACUGUCCGCGCCUUGCGGCUUUAAGGGAAACGCGCUAUUCGCGAUUCUGUGGCUGGCAGCCUGGGCGACUCCGCUCAGCGUGGAGUCAGUGCUGACUGCGGCAUAUCAGCGUCACAAGCCCACUCAUCUACCGGAGCUUUUGCUGCACUAAAACGCAGGCAAACUGACACCCACUGGGGUAGUUUAACCCUCGAGAAACAAAUGUCAGUGAAUAAUUUGGCAGAAAAGGGGGAGAAUAGUGUAAAAAAAAUCUGAUGCGGAGCUCGCGGAGACUUGUUCGCUAGUGGUUAUUGUUAUUGGGUAACCCUCGUGUGAUCAGCAAACGAUUGUUUUUUUAAUUUGGGAAGGAAAUUACAUACGCAGGAAUGGACAACUGUUGACAAAAUUAAUAGCAAACAUCAAAUCCCUGGAGCUAACGGAUUUCUUCAGGAGUUGAGGAAUAUAAGAGAAUGUCUGGGAAUCUGUCUCUGUUUUUGGCGACACCCCCAGAGCUGCAGGAAAACACAUCCUCCAACUCCUCCUCCGCCCCGUGGUCCCCGGACUGGGCGGCCCCCACUUUCACCAGGGCGGCCCAGUUCCGAGUGGUGGCCACUCUGGUGCUCUUCCUGUUUGCGGCCGUCAGCAACCUAUCGGUGCUGGGCAGCGUGGCGUGGGGGCGGGGCCGGAGACUGGCCUCCCAUCUGCGGCCCCUCAUCAUGAGCCUGGCGGUGGCCGACCUCAUGAUGACCUUCGUUGUGAUGCCGCUGGACGCCGUGUGGAACGUGACCGUGCAAUGGUACGGCGGAGACGCUCUCUGCAAGCUGCUCUGCUUCCUCAAGCUCUUCGCCAUGCACUCGUCGGCCUUCAUCCUGGUGGUCAUCAGCCUCGACCGGCGCCAUGCCAUCCUCCACCCCCUCGACUCCUUCAACGCCAGCCGCAGGAACAGGAAGAUGUUACUCUUGGCCUGGUCCCUCAGCCUGCUUUUGGCCUCCCCACAGCUCUUCAUCUUCCGGGCCAUCAAGGCUGAUGGUGUGGACUUCACCCAGUGCGUGACCCACGGGAGUUUCCGGCACCGCUGGCAGGAGACGGUCUACAAUAUGUUCCACUUUAUCACGCUCUAUGUUGUCCCCCUGCUGGUCAUGAGCGGAUGCUACACCCGCAUCCUCAUUGAGAUCAACCAACAGAUGCUCAAAAGCAGAGGCACAGAGCCAUGCUUGAGACGUAGCGGCACAGACAUGAUCCCCAAGGCACGGAUGAAGACUCUUAAAAUGACCAUCGUCAUUGUGGUGUCCUUUGUGGUCUGCUGGACUCCCUACUACCUGUUGGGCAUCUGGUACUGGUUCCAGCCAGAGAUGCUGCGAGUGACGCCUGAGUAUAUCCACCACAUCCUAUUUGUGUUUGGAAACUUCAACACCUGCUGCGACCCCAUCAUCUAUGGUCUGUACACCCCUUCUUUCCGUGCCGACCUGGCUGCCUGCUGGUGUCGUCGGUCCCGGAACUCCUCCCCAAGAUCACUGGAGCACCUUUCAGCCCGAAGGGGGGCUGCCAGCGGCGAGGCCGAGUCUGAUAUCCCCAGCGGUGACCAGCACAGUAGCAUUCAGCAGUAGAGAUCAACAAGCGACCUGCGAGAGUCCUUCACUGUCAUGUCAUGCCCUCCCUGUGGAUGCAGAUUCUGAGUGUCUAUUCAUAGAAACUUCCAUGACUCAGUAUCAUAGGAUUAUGAUUCACUUCUCGUGCCAUAAAAAACGAUGAUAUACAUAUUUCUUGGAUGGAAACUCAUAGUUUCAAUAUCACUCGUAAUUCUGGAAUGGAAUUUUACCUCACUUCUGUGAUUAAGCAUUCUGAAACUGUGGUUCACUGACUACUUGUUACGUGCUGGUGAAUAUAAUAUUGCCUUCACUGGAAGCUCAAUACAUAUCUCUUAAGCUUUGUCAUUUGUGCUUCACGCCUUCUUCCAUUAUCAUCAAUAUAGAGUAAUAAACCUUAAGCAGUUAUUCAAAAGUUUGUUAUUUGCUCAAAGUGACCCUACGAACAGAAGUGCACUUGUAAAUGAAUGAGCAUUAGGUUUGGUAAAUUAUAACACAAAAUAAAUGAAUAAAUCAUGAGGCAUGAUAAAGACUAAAAAAACAUAAAAUAUUCAGAGAAUACAGUGUUCAUCUUGCUUUUCAUUUUGCAAAGAGAGCAGUGUAUCCCUUGUCAUACUUGUGACAACUCAUAUCAUUAGCGAUGUAACCAGUUUUGUAAAAAUAAACUAUUAAUAUGAACAA